CACUUCUUCUCAGCGAUGUUUGGAGGAACUUCAUGAGCAGAGUGAAGUGUUUGUAAGAGGAAAGCAAAGACAUGGUCUGAAGAAACUUUGGCUUUGGGGAUCACAGCAGAUGCCACAGGCGUAGCCCCCCCCCAGACUCAACAGAGUAAUGGCUGUUCAGACUGCAAUCAUGAACUCUCAGUUCAUGAAUUUCUGCUUCCCUGGGUCUGUGAUGGAGUACGACAUGGAGAAAAGUCCAGAUGGGUGUCUUCUGGGUGAGGCAGAAAAUGACGAGGACUACAAAGAGACCACUAGGGACUUGUUGAGCUUCAUAGACUCGGCCUCAAGCAAUAUCAAGCUGGCUCUGGACAAGCCCGUCAAAUCCAAGAGGAAAGUCAACCACCGGAAAUAUCUACAGAAGCAGAUCAAGCGGUGCACUGGUAUUAUCGCAACAGGUAACACAGCAGACGCUCCGAUAAAAGGACCCAGUUCCGCUGGUGCUCAGAUCAACCCUUUACAGAGCAAAACUCUCCCGAAGCGUGAAGGCGUUCAGGCAAAUCUACAGAGCAAGAGCCUGGCAGCUCUUUUUAACCCCGUAAAGGAUAUUCGGGGUGAAAAAACCAAGAAGCCGCCCCUGAGGCAUCGCAAUCUUCCACCUUCCUUCUUCACCGAGCCUGCCAUCUGCUCCAAGGUCAGCUCUACAUCCGGGAUGACCCUGAAGGACCUUGAACGGGGCAGUCCAGAGGCCGCAGAGUUCUUUGAGCUCUUGGGGCCUGAUUACAGUAACAUGGUGAGUGAACAGGACCUUUAUCAAAGUGUGCCUGUCCGGGUGCAGCCAGAAAUGGGAGGCCUGGAUCCUGCUUCCUAUGACGCUCAACAUUUAGUUGGUGGCCUCCUCUACACCGAGCCAUGGACUACCUUCUCUGGACCCUCUAAAAAACUAGGGGACAGCCUACGUACAAGUGCAGCUCAGCCACCUGUCUACUGUCAGUCCGAGACCACCUCAGGGGCCGCAGAGGACAACACUGUGUGCAGUUUGGCUUUUCCCAAUUUCUUCAUGGACUGCUCCGUUCCUCAGGUCACUUAUGAUUUAAGCGCUGGUUUCAACAGAACUAAUUACUCAUCGAUAUGAGAAAAGGGCUAUUUUGUUGUUAUAUAGCUUAUAAACGUGAUACAAUGAAUUUAACAGUAGUGCCAGAGAUUGUACAGAUGUAUAUGUAUGGCAUAUGCAAAUAAUAUUUUAGUUGAUUUUGUUGAUUUUGUACCAUCCCUGCUGUAGUGUGUCACACAGACUAACCCCAGAGCAAUAAAAAGUACACCUCGAUUUUAUUUCCUAAAAAAACAUGAAAUGUCUGCAAAAUAAAAGAAGUUGUUUUCAAAAUUGCACUCUUAUGUUUACAACUGUUCUGUUUUAAGUAACAUUGCACCUGUUUGUCUAUGCACAUUUUCCCAUCACUUUCAUAGUCGCCACAAAGAAGAUGUGCUGUAAAAUUGUCGAUUAUCAUCCGCAUGUCAUCAAAUAUAACACAUAUUUCAAAUUUAUUUGUUAUAUUUGACAGAACAAGCUGCAAACAGACUCUUGGUGAGGCUCCAGUUAUUAACAGCUCUGUGAAGUUUCUUUUUUUUUUUAAGUGAUUGCAACAGAGUGUGAUGUAAUGAUUGCUGCACAGCAAUUUACAGCUCAGAAAUGAUUUUCAGAAUUUACCAGUUAUGUGUUUUUUGUGAAAAGGCCUUUAUUGAAUCUAGCUGUUGUGAGACAAAAUAAAGCUGGUCUUUAUUACCGUGA